AUGGACAGAGCAGACUUACUUGUUGAUCUACUUGAAGAGGAUGAGAGACAAAAGAGGAAGAAGACGAAGGACAUUUUUGACAAUGAUUUUGAUGAUGAUUCAAGCAAUGAUUCUACUGAUGAUUUAAGUGAUGAUUCGGACCAGAGCACCACCCUCUCUACUGAUGAUGAAGAUGAUGAUGCUGAUUUCUUUAUGCUUGAUGCUAAUGAUGAUGAUUUCUUCGAUGAUGAUCCACCCUCCCCAAUGUCUAAUGAUGAAGAUGAUGAUCAUAAAAUGGGAUGA